AUGGAAUAAAAAGUCGAUCAAAUAAAAGAAAAUAACGAGUUUCAAUUAGGAUCAACUUUUUUAGGCAAAAAUGGUUUACUUGAUGUUACACCUUUAAAAACAAAUAAAGUUACAUGUCUUUAUUUUUCUGCUUCAUAUUGUCCCCCUUGCUAAGCAUUUACCCCAUUACUAAUAGAUUUUUACAAUGAAAUAAAUAUGGAAGAUAAAGUUUUAGAAAUAAUACUAAUACCAUUCGAUAUUACUGAAGAAGAAUUUAAAACAUAUUAUAAACAAAUGCCAUGGUUAGCAAUUCCUUUAGGAGAUGAAAGAAUAAAAAAAUUUACUUCAUAUUUUAAAAUUAAAGCUAUUCCAAAACUAAUUAUUUUAAAACCUAACGGAGAAGCUGCUGCUACUAAUGGAAGAAUGGAUGUUAUUUAAGAAGGUGAAGAUGCUUUUAAUAAAUGGAAAAGCUUUAUGGAAUAAUGAUUG